CGAAUGAAUACAGACCCAAAGCGGUUCACAUAAGACAAAUAAAACGCAUGCCACUUGCGCGCACGGCGCGCGCUUUCCACCGCGAGAACAUGUUGCGUGGAAACACGUUUUCUACGUGAAAUUCAGUGAAUGGACGACCCUCCCUUGUUGCUGAGACGCCCGCUUCAUCCAAGACAGAAAGAGCCGAGCUGUUGUCAUCACAACCGAUCUGCUUUAAUGGGACUUCUAAAGCAUCGCUGGUUUCAGGCUUUUAAAGGCGCCAUCGAUCGAUCGCUUCUGAAUGCAUAACCGUAAGAAGCUGUUUUCAUUGAAGGCCAACAGAAUUGCUUAAAGCAUGAUCGGAUGAUGUGCUGCUGUGUGUCUUCUCGAGGAAAACAGAGGAUGUUGUAACACAAUAGGGACACUGGAGUUAUGAAUGCUCAAUGGAUAACUGGCGCUGUCCGUUCAGCACCACCGUCAGUCUCACCUUGCGCCCAAUGACACCAUAAAAACCUCGGUGACCCCCUAACACCGGACACCGGAUUAUUUCAAGGAUCGUUUUGAGUCCACGUGUGGAUAACGGGUUUGGAUAUCCAUUGUCGAUCGGUUGGUGUAAAAGUGUGCCAUAUAGACACGCUUGGAGACAUAUGCAAGGGCACAUCUGGCACCAGCAGAUCGUUUUAUUUUCUAUAAUACAAGCAUAAAUUUGGAGUUUGCAUUAUAUUGUUGUCAUCAUAGACAUUUUAAUUGCACGUGUUCCAACGGCACGAUGAUGAUGAUAGGUUGGAGAUAUGACUAGAGAGGGACGCGAUGGGCCAAGGCGACGACAAAGAUCGCAUCGUGAUCAACGUCGGAGGAAUCAAACACCAGACCUACCGAAGCACCCUACGCACCCUGCCCGGCACCCGUCUCUCCUGGCUGGCGGAGCCCGACGCUCCGAACAACUUUGACUAUGACGCGAACAUCGGUGAGUUUUUCUUCGACCGUCACCCGGGUGUCUUCGCCCACAUCCUCAACUACUACCGCACGGGCAAACUGCACUGCCCGGCGGACGUGUGCGGACCCUUGUACGAGGAGGAAUUGGCGUUUUGGGGAAUCGAUGAGACGGACGUGGAGCCCUGUUGCUGGAUGACCUACCGGCAACAUCGGGAAGCCGAAGAGGCUUUGGACAGCUUCACCGGGGGUGCCCUCGACCUCAGCCACGAAGACCUGGAGCCAGAUGGAGUGGCUGAAGCGGCGGAGGGGGACGAGGGUGUGGAGAUGACCCGGAGACUGGCGCAAGGGGACUCGCCCGACAACAGAUCCGGACGCUGGAACCGAUGGCAAAAGAAGACUUGGGCGCUUUUUGAAGAUCCGUAUUCGUCAAAAUACGCACGGUGGAUAGCUUUCGCAUCACUGUUCUUCAUCUUGCUUUCCAUCACCACAUUCUGCUUGGAGACCCACGAAGCCUUUAACCCUGUCAUCAACCGUACCGAGUACAUCACUAAGGGCAACGAAACCGUGGAGCACAUCAUCCGUGAGACGGAGACAAUGGUGCAGCUAACCUACGUCGAGGGCGUAUGCGUGGUGUGGUUCACGUUUGAGUUUCUGAUUCGUGUGACGACCUGUCCGAACAAACUGAAGUUUGUGAGGAACACCCUCAACAUCAUCGACUUUGUGGCGAUUCUUCCAUUUUACCUGGAGGUGGGCCUGAGCGGCAUGUCCUCCAAAGCAGCGAAAGACGUUUUGGGUUUUCUCCGCGUGGUGCGAUUUGUGCGAAUUCUCCGUAUCUUCAAGCUGACGCGGCACUUCGUAGGAUUGAGGGUACUGGGCCACACGCUCCGCGCCAGCACGAACGAAUUCAUACUCCUUAUCAUUUUCCUUGCGCUUGGAGUCUUGAUCUUUGCCACUAUGAUCUAUUAUGCAGAACGCAUCGGAAAAAACCCCAACGAUCCUUACAUUAGUAACGGCACACACUUCAAAAACAUCCCUAUCGGAUUCUGGUGGGCUGUGGUAACUAUGACAACACUGGGCUACGGUGAUAUGUACCCCCAGACGACCUCCGGCAUGCUGGUGGGUGCGCUCUGCGCCCUGGCGGGUGUGCUGACUAUCGCCAUGCCCGUACCGGUUAUCGUAAACAACUUCGGCAUGUAUUACUCCCUAGCGAUGGCCAAACAAAAACUACCAAAGAAGAAAAAUAAGCAUAUACCACGAGCACCUCAACUGGGGUCUCCCAACUACUGCAAAUCAGUCAAUAACUCUCCGCGACCCAGUACUCACAGCGACACAUGUCCUCUGGCACAGGAAGAGGUUUCUGAGAUCCGAUACCAAGCAGUUGGAGAUUUUAAAGUGAACGGCGAGCCGUCCAAAGCAGCCCUGGCCAAUGAGGACUGCCCUCACAUCGACCAGGCGGUGUCACCCGAAGAAGUCUUCAGCCCCGUUGACCGCGAUAAACCCUGCUUCCUGCUCACCUCUGGAAAAGAACGAGCCAAUCACACGGGGGGAAGAGUCAGGAAGGAGACCCAGCGCGCCACCCGAAGCAGACAGCCAACCGAGUCAGUGUGUGUAAUGAACCAUGGUGUACCAACCACUAUGUGUGUCAACCAUAAAGCCACAUCCCCCACCUGAUAGCGCGCGCGUGUGUGUGCGAAAGUGUGUUUGUCGUAGAUUAGCGUCUCUUUUUGAGUUGUGACGGGAAAAUAAUUCAGCGUAGAUGUAGCACAGUAACCCAGAGAUGCUGUAGUUCAGCCGUAUGUAGCUCUGUUUGGUUUCGUGGUUUCUUGUGCCGUCGUGCUGUGCGAAGUGCCUGUUGUGUUUUUUUUUUUUCGUUUCGUGAGUGUCAGUGUUGUACAUAGUGCUUGUGUGUGCCGGUGACUCUUGCUUAUUUCCAGUUGAAGUGUGUGCUUUCGGUUUAAAUGUUGUAAAAAUGUUGCUCUUGGGUAAAAAUCCAUCCACGUACUUUGUAGUCAUAUUCAUUUAGCGGAAAAAAAACCCGUUAGCGAAGAAAAUUGUUUUGCCAUAUUUUGUACUACUGUAGUUACCGUGUAGAAAAUGCCUUUUGCACUGUUUGCACCCGUUCACUUUUACAUUUCUUUAUCUAGAACAAACGAUAGGUUGAAAUGUUUUGUAGCUCACAUGUUAGGCAGCGAACUUUUAAAUGACACCGCGUCCUAACCAAGCACACCAAAUGACAAGAAAUCUACGUUUUCAAAAUGAUGUAUUUUCACUUUCCAUGUAGACAGAUAAAUUAUUAAAGUUUUUUCUGGUUAGGACACGGUGUUAGAUCUGAAGUCGAAAAACAAGACUAGUUAGCGCAUCACUGGGACCAAGCUCACUACUUUACAUAAAAAUGCCAAGACCAUCAUUGUGUAUAUUGAAAAGAAAUGUUUAAUAUGCUUUAGAAGUUACCUAUUUUGAAAGCCAGACGCAAACUUGGUUUAUGUUGAAAACAAGAGACAAUCCUGCACAAUACAACAACUUUUAAAUGUUCAUUCAUGCAGAACAUGAACAUACAGGGUUUAUUAUGGGAUAAACGACUAAUAUUGUGUCUUAGGUUUGUUUCGAUAUUGAUUUUUCAUUGUUGUGAAAAUGUAAAGUAAACCCAGUUCUUUGGGACCAAACUAGCGCACUGCCAAUUGCAUCAUGGGAAGGUCAGCUGGGUCAGUUCUUUACAAUAUGCUGGACUUUUCAAAGACCCAAUCACAUCAGAGCACAAACAUUUACAUCAGAAAAUAAAUAGUAAUGGAUAUACAUAUAUAGU